ACUGAUUCAACAUUCGCACUCACAAGAAGGAAGGCUACGAACAGGAUUUCAGAGCUUUUAUAUAGACUCUAAAAUACAUGUAAAAAAAUCAGUUUUAGAAACUGAUACGUUCCAUCAACUAAUUAAGCAAUUUCUAGAAAAUCAUAUGUAUGUAUAUAUAUGUUGCAAACCUGUGAUAGCAGGCAGCUGUCCUGACUCCUUAUCGAGUGUGAAAUGAUGGAGUGUGUAAGCUAACGUUAGCUAUUUCUGCAGUUCUUCUUAGCUAGCGAACGGAAAAAAAUAUUACAUCACAAGGAAGUUGCAACAGUCAAACUAACAGUGGAUGGUACCAGAUAAGCCAGCUGAACCAAACAAGGCUGCUGUGGUGUCGUGAGGAGACUGCUUUCUGCUGCACCAGCUGCAUGAGACAUGCAGAGCUCUGAGCAUCUCUAACAGGCAGCACUCUGUGGAACCAUGGACUCUUCUUCUUCUGAGUCCCAGUCCCAGGGCGACGGUGAGACAGCUCUGCUCCAUGCAGAGAUCAGAGAGCACCCCACCACAUCAGCUGCCUUAAUUCCCAGUGAUGACCCCGUCCUAUUGACCCCAGGGAGGAUGAGCCAGCGAAGCCAGGGGAAGGAGCGAGAGAAGAGGGAGGAGAAGGAGCGAGAGAAGGAGAAGGAGCGAGAGAAGAGGGAGGAGAAGGAGCGAGAGAAGGAGAAGGAGCGAGAGAAGAGGGAGGAGAAGGAGCGAGAGAAGAGGGAGGAGAAGGAGCGAGAGAAGAGGGAGGAGAAGGAGAAGGAGCGAGAGAAGAGGGAGGAGAAGGACAGAGAGGAGAAGAAGGAGAAGGACAGAGAGGAGAAGAAGGAGAAGGAUGGGAGCCUCCACACCCCCAGCAGAGAUCACCUCGCCAGCCCCUCUUCCCUCAGCCCGGGGCUCAGCUACACCCAUGAUCUGAGCAUUUCGCGGUCAGCGGCUUCGCCCUGCUUGGCCCCUGCUGAUCCCCAGCAGGCCCUCCUCAGGCCCCCCCGGGCUCUCGCCGGCCCCAUGAUGAAGGAGGAGGGAGCGCUGUGCCGUCGCCGCUUCUCAACGUGCGGCACGACCAGCUCGCCGCGGCCCCCACACCCCGACGGACGCAAGCUCAUCCGCAACGCUUCUUUCGGGGGCUACAACGAGCUGUCGCCCCUCUCGCUGCCAGGUUUCGAUCGGGGGAAAGAAGAUUCCCUGCCUCCGAAAGAGGACUCGUCUCACUCCAUAUCCAAGAGCAAGUCAGAGUCCAAGCUCUACAAUGGCUCUGACAAGGAUGUCUCGUCGUCCGGUAACAAGCUCACCAAGAAGGAGUCGCUCAAGGUACAGAAGAAGAACUACCGUGAGGAGAAGAAGAGAGCCACCAAGGAGCUCCUCAGCACCAUCACAGACCCCUCUGUUAUUGUCAUGGCUGACUGGCUCAAGAUCCGGGGUACUCUGAAGAGCUGGACCAAGCUGUGGUGUGUGCUGAAGCCGGGGGUUCUUCUCAUCUACAAGACCCAUAAGAACGGCCAGUGGGUGGGCACGGUGCUGCUCAACGCCUGCGAGCUCAUCGAGAGACCCUCAAAGAAGGACGGCUUCUGUUUCAAACUCUUCCACCCUCUGGAGCAGUCCAUCUGGGCAGUCAAGGGUCCUAAAGGAGAGGCGGUGGGUUCCAUCACACAGCCAUUACCCGGCAGCCACCUCAUCUUCCGUGCCACCUCUGAGUCAGACGGCCGUUGUUGGAUGGAUGCUCUGGAGCUGGCUCUGAAGUGCUCCGGUCUCCUGAAGCGGACCAUGAUCCGCGAGGGCAAGGAGGAGCUGGCCAGCACGGCCGGGGAGAGCUCCCAAAUUAACUUCUACAGCCUGCUGAGAGCCCACAAUAUGCAGGGUUUCCAGUUCAACGACAGUGACCAGUUCAAGGACCCGGACCUGUACUCAGACAAGUCGGACCGGGAAGGGGAGCAGGACCACGAGGAGUCAGACGUGGAGGGUCUGGGGAAGAGCGAGGAGAGUGACAGUGACACGUCGGAACGUCAGGAUGACUCCUACAUUGACCUUGACCCCAACGAGGCCCUGCAGGAGACUCCGUACCUGGAACAGUCCCAGGAGGAGCUGGGAGAGGCUGGUGAGGCCUCCCAGACAGAGACGGUGUCGGAGGAGAAUAAGUCUCUGAUCUGGACGCUGCUGAAGCAGGUCAGGCCUGGGAUGGACCUGUCUAAAGUGGUCCUGCCCACCUUCAUCCUGGAGCCACGCUCCUUCCUGGAUAAGCUGUCCGACUACUACUACCAUGCCGACUUCCUCUCUGAGGCAGCUGUGGAGGAAAAUGCCUACAACAGGAUGAAGAAAGUAGUGAAGUGGUAUAUCUCUGGAUUCUACAAAAAGCCACAGGGCCUGAAGAAGCCAUAUAACCCCAUCAUCGGUGAGACCUACCGCUGCAUGUGGCUCCAUAGCAAGACCAACAGCAAGACAUUCUACAUUUCUGAACAGGUGUCCCAUCAUCCUCCAGUGUCAGCGUUCUACGUCAGUAACAGGAAGGACGGCUUCUGUCUCAGCGGAAGCAUCCUGGCCAAGUCCAAGUUCUACGGAAACUCCUUGUCGGCCAUAUUGGACGGAGAGGCUCGGCUCACCUUUCUCAACAGAGGAGAAGACUACGUCAUGAACAUGCCCUACGCCCACUGCAAAGGCAUCCUGUAUGGCACCAUGACUCUGGAGCUGGCUGGCCAGAUCACCAUUGCCUGUGAGAAGACAGGAUACAGUGCCCAGCUCGAGUUCAAACUCAAGCCGUUCUUGGGUAACAAUGACAGUGUAAACCAGGUCUCUGGAAAGAUCAAGCUGGGGAAGGAGGUGCUGGCUACGCUGGAGGGACACUGGGACAGUGAAAUCUUCAUCAACGAUAAGAAGACCGGGGUGGUGGAUACGUUUUGGAACCCCACUGCAGAGCUGCGUCAGAGCAGGCUGACACGCUGCACCGUGCCCCCUGAGGACCAGGGAGACUAUGAGUCUGAGAGGUUAUGGCAGCAUGUAACGAGGGCCAUCAACAACAAGGACCAGACAGAGGCCACCAAUGAGAAGUUUAUCCUGGAGGAGGCUCAGAGGAAGUCAACCCGCGAGCGCAAGGCCAAGUGUGAGGACUGGGCGCCCGGGCUCUUUGAACAGGACCCCGUCACCGGAGAGUGGCAUUACAGAUAUGCCGACACCCGGCCGUGGGAUCCGCUGAAUGAUAUGAUUCAGUUUGAGAAAGACGGCUGGAUCCAGACUAAAGUGCGGCACCGCACCCCUAUGGUGACAGGGACCAAAAGAAAGCACAAGCACAGUGACAAGCCCAAGAAACCUGAGAGUGGCUGCUCCUCCCCAGAACCUGACCGCCAGGACUCCUCCGGCAGCGAGCGACUCAAAAGCAAGCACAGUAGCCGGUUAAGGAAAAAGGGCCCAGACCUUAGUGAACUUCAAAGUGCCAUUGAUUCUAUAAAGAAGACACAGGAGAACAUUUACAAGAGCAUCGGUGUGCUGCGCUCCCGAACGACAGCGGGCCAGGCGGCAGCAGAGGGCGGAUUCCUGCAGCAGCGCGACUACGCCAUCAUCAUCCUGCUCAUCCUCCUUCAGGUCUUCAUCAACUUCCUGUUCAAGUAGCAGCCGACAGACUGACAGAGAGAGAGACAGAUGGAGUUAGAGAGAGAGACCGAUGGAGAGAGAGAGAGACAGGACUGAUGGGGGGUUUGUCCAGGCUAAGGAGGAGAAACAGUCUGGAAGUGAAUGAACUUCAAGAGCACCCAGUAGCUCUGCCUCAACCCUCUCUCUCUCUCUCUCUCUCUACUGAGUUGACCCUGCUCCACUGUCCUCAGACGGGCCACCAUUGUCACACACACGUCUCCAAAGCAAGCAUUCCUGAAAGAGGCUCCUCAAAAAAAAUCGAAAUAGUUUUUAAUUUCUAUUUAUUUGUACCUGUUUAAAGAUCCAUGUAUUUUUAAAGGGGGAGUGGCACCGGCCAGGACUGAAGGGAAGUUGAGGUCAGCGUUCGGCCUUAGCCGGCGUCAUGAUGUCGUCAACUGGGCCUUGGAGAAGACAUUGACAUCUGGCGGCCAUUUUUAAUUUUGCUAACCGACACCGCUCCUUGCAUUUCACAUUGCCCCCAUUUCACCCGCCUCCCCAACUACAGGGAACAUUUUACACUGAGACUUUUGAAGAAAAAUGACUUUCAUUCAAUUUUUUUUUUUAAGAAUGUUCAUUUGUUUUGUUUGUUUGGUGUGUUCUUUGUGAGUAGAACCUCUAGUUAAAAAAUAUACGAGGAGGGAGAAGAACAGAUUUAAGCGGUCCAAUAUAUGUGACGUUCUUUUGAAGCUUUGACAAGGCUGGAGUUUCCUAGCUUGACUGUGAAUCGGCAAACAAAAGAAAAAGAAGGUAAUUGUAAUCAAUCGAUUUGAAUCGUUCCACUCAAAUUUGUAGACAAGGUCAAUUGUAUAAACUAGAUGCUUGACAUGAA